AUGGAAAGAUGUCGAAUGAAAACUUGCGAUACUUUAGCUGGUACAUGUACUUACUUACACUUGUCAUGUACAUCUUUCUUACACUUAACCUUUUUUCUUUUGACCAUCCAACUAUACCCGACACUUAUUCCCCACAUCCUUCUUCUCUCCUUUCCAACACAAAUUUUCAUCAAUACAGAAGUUGAAUCAAUUGUUAAAUCACAUCUCUCUACACCACCGGAGCAGCAGAGACGUUUUCUGGCUGCUUUCAUCCCUUCUGCAGCGCUCGUGAACUUACAAGACCUUCUACAUUCGAGCAACUGUUGGGAUAGAUUACAAUAUGGGGCCCUCGAGGACAGAAGCUUGAGCAAGGCCACGCGCCCUAUGGCAAACAACAGUUGCUAUAUCGAGCUAAUUCCUAGGCACGAUGGACACAAGGCCAAAAAUUAUAAAGUAGAGAUAAUCUCUACGCCAUUAAUGUGGCUUUCGAUUGGUUUGAUAAUCUGUCUUAAAUAUUCCCUGCAGGUUUAUGGGUCGAGUGAUAUAUCAUGCACAAAACUACACAACUCAAAUAUUCUUGGCAAACGGGCCAGAAAAGAAUGCACUCAAUUACUUGUCAUUUCUUGGCAAAUAAGAGAGACGUAUGAGUUAGACCAGAAAUGGUUUAGCAAUGCGUGUGCCAAUGAUCCUGGGAGUGGAUUACUAGGACCUUUGGAAAUUUGUGUGCACCAAGAACACCACGGCGUUGUUGUGACGUCAAUCAUAAUUGGUAGAAACGCUGGGAAAAAGCAAUUGAGAGAUAUUUCGAUAUAUACUUUUUGCGUUAUCCCCUGCUUGUGGUGUAUCCGGUCAAUGAUUGAGGGACUACACUCUACGAGGCAGGCAGACAAGACAAAGUCUUGUAAUUUGUUGUCUCGAAACGUCGAUAAAAACGGCAAUCAUCUUCCAGGAUUAUGA